CAUUUUAGCGGAAACUUCCCAGAGAAGCGAAAAAACCCAUGCUCAAUGGUUGCACAAUACAGAUCCUCGGCAGUGUAUCGAGAUUGUAUUGGUAACUCUAUUGAAAGAUUAGGCUACGCGAUUAACUAUUGACUUGUACACCGUUUUGACUGGCAACUCAAUCAUCAAUACAAAACGACUGUUGGAUUAUUACUGUGGAAUUAUUCACUUGGAUAUUUAAAUUGGAAUUGUUGAAUACAUUCAGAUGAAAUAGGAACUGAUUAUGGCGACUGUUCACAGAGAAAAACGAAGAAACUCUGAGAAAAGGAAAGAGAAAUCAAGAAAUGCAGCUCGGUCACGAAGAGGGAAAGAGACUGAAAUAUUUUACGAGUUGGCCCACACUCUACCUCUUCCACACAAUGCCUGUGCUCAGCUAGAUAAAGCGGGUAUCAUGAGGCUUAUACUCAGCUAUCUCAAGAUUGGAAAAGUGCUUCCCAAAGAAAUCAAGGUGGAGGAGAGAGAAGAAAGUAAAUCCAUGGCGAUAGAACAGAUUGUUGAUUCUCACUACCAGAAGGCUCUAGAUGGAUUUUUAUUAGUCUUAUCACAAGAAGGCGAUAUGAUCUAUAUUUCAGAAAAUGUCUCAAAACACAUCGGCAUCAAUCAGGUGGACCUAAUGGGCCAGAGCAUCUAUGACUACGCUCACCCAUGCGACCACGAUGAGAUCCGAGAACAGUUGUCUGACCGGCCAGGCCUGACGCUGACCACCCUCCCCUCAGUAACGUCCAAGCGUAAACAUCACAGUUUCCUUAUGAGGGUCAAGUGUACACUAACACCCAAGGGAAAGAUAGUCAACCUUAAAGCAGCCUCAUAUAAGGCAGUACAUUGUCAAGGUCACAUGAAACUGGCCCUGUCUGAUACAUCGGUACUGGGCUAUAGGAUGCCCCCUUCCCCCUGCCUUGUACUCAUUGCUAGCCCCAUACCACACCCCUCCAACAUUGAGGUACCCCUGGACUGCAGUGCGUUUCUUACAAGACACAGUAUGGACAUGAAGUUUACCUACUGUGAUGAAAGGAUCGAGCAACUGAUGGGCUACAUACCCACUGAACUGGUUGGCCAAUCAUUCUAUGUCUACUACCAUGCACUGGAUGGUCAACUCAUUGAUAAGAGCUAUAAAGACCUGUAUGCUAAGGGUCAGACAUCAACUGGCAGAUAUAGAUUCUUGGCAAAGAACGGUGGUUACAUGUGGCUCGAAACACAAGCUACUAUCAUCUAUAAUAACAAGACCAACAAACCACAGUGCAUUGUGUGUGUCAACUAUGCCAUCAGUGGUGUAGAGCAUGGAGACAGAGUCCUCUCAGUCAGUCAACAAGAGAAGGAGAAGGAAGAAGAGGUGAUCAAAGAUGUUGAGAUGAAAGAAGAAAAGACCUUCGCUGCUCCUCAGCAUGCCAACAUUUCCAAUGACUUCCCUCUCUAUCUGGCUGGAUGUAACUCGUCUCAAGCGGUGGAGGAGAAAUUGGCUUACUUAGCGCCAACUGCUGGUGAUGUCAUGAUUGAAUUGGAUCCUUCAGAAGGUCAGAGGAUGGACAUGAAUAGUGAGAUCACAGAAUUCAAUGAAUCAGAUAGCUUCGUGCCCUUUGACCCCUUUGCACCUCUACCGCCCAGCCAAGCCAAUGAUAGUGUACAGCAGAACACCAACGAGACUGUCAUGAAUGUACAGGACCCUGGUGUAUUGAAGACUCAGUACCUGUGUACCAACAAUGAUCCAUUGCUACUUGACAAAAGACCAAACCUGGAUACAGAGAAGCAACCUGUCAAUGAUGUGGUUGCUAAGCAACAGAUUCCAUGUGAUGAGCUAGCUAUGAGGGCUCCUUACAUUCCUAUGGGUGAGGACUUUGACCUGUCAACUGAUUCUCUUCUUGGUGAUAUGGAUCCCUUCACGAGUGAGACUUGGAUGCCUGUAGAUCCAUUCGGUACAGGUUCAAUUGAUAAGAACCUAAGACCAAUGGAAGAUAAUGGGAUGGACUACCCAGCCUCUCAGAGUAGCAGCUGUCGUACAUCAGGCAGCCCCAUGGAGUCCUGUAACAGCAGUCUGAGCGGCAGUGUACCCAAUCUUUACUUCCCCAAUUCCUCACCCAGCACUCCUCAGCAUACCCCGCUCCUGCUCUCCCCGGCCAUGUCGCCCCACAGCGGUGCCCCCACACCGAUGCUGCACUCGCCGAUGAAUCCAAACCUUCUGUCUCCACUUGGCCAACCAUCUCAUCAAGACGACAGACUCUUCGCCUCACCGCUUCCGUCUCCUGCACCCAUCCAGCAGCCGUUGGGUGUGUACAUCCCGUACCCACCUAUGUCGUCGUACCAGCAGGUGCCUCCCAGCCCUCAGAACAUCAUGUCACCCCCUCAUCAGAGAUGCCAAACAAGCAUACAAUCCCCGCCCCUCAAGCGGAAGCAGGAGCAUCCAGAUUGCGGAGACUGCGCUCCUAGAAGCAAGAUAAGUAGAUCUGACGGGCUGUUAGGGAUGCUUGGGAUGAGGAAUUGUAGAGGAGGAGGAGCGGAUGACGACAGGGUCAUGUAUGUCAAGAGAGAACCAGAUUCAGAACCUGACAGAUCAUCCCCAGGUGAGAGUCCUUACAUAGACACAGGCACAGUAAGAGGAGGGGGUGGACAACAGCCGAAACCAAGAGAUAAUAACAUGGACCUACUAUCAGCACUCCUUACUAAAGUUGAUAAAGACAAUGUCAAUCCAUUCAGACAUUCACAGCUACUACAAAUAGUUGCUCAGAGGGUCUCUGGGAAUGGCUCUUCUAAAGGCCCUAAUGCUCUACUGCAUGCCAGCACAUCCAACCUGCCAUCAUCAAUCAAGCCCAAGAACCAACCAGAGCAAGAGCCUAAGCAUCAGGGCCAGCCUGUGAGGAAGAGCAGUAUCACCCAGCUGUUAGGCAGAGAUGGACUGCCACUAGGAGCAGCUUUGCCACUCAUCACAAACCUGGAUGCAGAAGUCAAUGCUCCAUUGCCUACCAACAGGCUGCUACAGGGGGAAGACCUCUUGCAAGCCCUGGACCUAACAGCCCCGUACUGACCUUCAUGGAGCCCCUGUUAGAACAGGGAUGGAGAAAGAGAAAAGGUUAUUAUCAAUGCAUUGAAAGGAGCUCUCCAUGAAAAUAUUAAUGGUUUAUUGCCAAGGAUAGUUUUCCAUAAUGACAUUGUAUAUUAUAAGUGGUCUGCUAUGUAUGGAAUGCUGUAGUCAUGAUUUUGUUCUAAUACUUAAGUAUAUCAGAGAACUUGCUCAGAGACAUGUUACAUUUCAGCAUAUUAACUGGAGGGGAAGAAAGUUACAGUCAUGAUAUUUGGAUUCUUUGUAAUCGUUUCUGUAAAUAAAAGUGGAGUAGUGAUGAACUAAAUGUAGGUUCAUACAUCAAAUAUAUGUCUGUGAAUAGUGAACGGAUAUUGUCGUGGAUGUGCACAAAACAUGAAAUGAUGCCCUGUAAAUGCACAAAUGUGAUCGAUGUUUCUCUGUCUUGGCACAUUAUCAAUACAGCCUUUGAUUGUAAAUUGGUAUUUCUGAAGUCAUUAUCAUACAUUAUCCAGUUCACAUUUUUUCUUCCGGAUUUUAUUUUUCAUGGCUCUUUAUGUAAACUUGAAAGUAAGCAUCUUACUGUAUGAUCCCCCACCCCCUUUAAUUUUUUAUCGGGUUGGCAUGCAUGCUAAACCUUAAACAAAACUAUCAAAAGUGAAUGUAAAUAGAUGAUAUAUUUUGCUGCUACAUUUAUUCUUAUAAUGUACAAUGUUCUGUAGCGCAUAUUGUACCUAACAUUUACAUGCUUUAUAUAUUGCUAGAUUAAUGUAAUUCCUCUUUUUUGUACAAAAUGUUCCUGGACAUCUGUUUUUUAUCACCUUAUUUCCUUUUUAAUACACCUUUUAAUCUUUCUGUGGAGACCAACAGGUUAAUCUUACCCAACACUGAAGUCUGUUGUAGAAAAUAUUAAAGACAAUAAGUUUGUUAACCCUUUGGGUACUGAGCACACAUAAAUGCAGGUGUGGAUCUGUGGAGAAUGUGUGUCAAAGCACAAUGAGCCAGUUUUUAAGGGGUUAAAUUUAAUAUUGAGAUUUUCAGUCGAUUUCUAUCUUUAUUUUCCAUUUAAUGGAUUUCGAAUCCAUACUUCAACUUUGUUUAUUUUGUGAGAUUAAGGGAUUGUGCUAAAAUGCACGAUUUGCAACUUUUCUUAAUUUCACUUAGACCUGAAAUAUUUAUUUUGGAUCUACUUGAGAUCACCAAAAGAUGUAUGCUUUCUUGUCAAAUUAUUAUUCAUCCUCCACUUAUGUAUACCCAAAUAGAAAUUUGUUUGGGAAAUGAAUUUUGUAUAUUAGACGAUUUAUAUUAUAUUUUCACCAAACAGUGUUUGUCUAUAGAAUUACCUUAUGUAAAUAUAUCACUAUAUGAGAAAUCGGUAAUUUAUUUACCAUUAGGUUAAAUUGAUUAAAGGUAAUAUGAUCAUACACUUCAUGUAACUAUAUUGUGGUAGUCAGGGGGUAAUUUAGGGAAGAGGUUUUAGUUUACAGAGAAGGAUCCACAAAUUAUCAAUUACUACAUCAGAUACUUUCGGGGUGAUGAAAAAAUACUUUUAUUUCUUGUUCUCUAAGAAGCGCGAAGAAGACUAAUACAUUUGAUGCAUGAAAAUAUAUUCUUGAUACAACAGAUUUUAGUAAUGGAAGUUUUUAAAACGACUUUAUAAUUUUGUACACAAAACUAUUUUUCUUCAAUGUCUCUCAUGUUAUCUGUGCAUGUGUGUGUAUGUGUGUCUUUGUUGACAAAAAGAAUUCAUUGUGGUGUUAAUUAGGAGAAAUGUAUAUUACUCCUAUUAUGUUUAAAAACAAAAUAUGUGUAGAGAUUGUGAUGUCCAGAGUUAUUUAUUGUAACAAUGGCAAGUAAGCAAGUAAGUGGAAUUGUUUAAAUUAUAAUCAUGUCUUCAGGCAAAACUGUUUUUCCCCAACACCAGUCCUUGAGAUAAUUUUUAAGGUGUGGCUUUACAAUGUAAGUCUCACUCUUCUAAAUUCUGAAAUGUGAACCUGUAUGACAUUAGUAGCAGUACAUAUACUUUACAAUCUUCCAUAUAUAUAGAAAUAAAAAUAUUUUGAAUGUAACAUAUUAAAUAUGACACCUUGCCUCUAUUUGAUUCUAAAUCAUCUCAUUCAUUCUUUUAAAAAAUCAAUGAUAUGCUUUAAGAAACAACUCAAAAUAAAGAUAUCUAUGAAAGACAACUCAAAAUACUGUCAAUAUUCUCAAGUUUUUGUUUAAGACCUAGAUAUUUACAAGGGGAGAAGGUGGAUUCUUGUGUAAUUCUAUCCCUGUGUAUAUAUUGCUGUAUACUAUUCGCAAGGCAUUGUAAGAAAGUAGUGUGUUCAUAUGUGUUUAUUCAUUGGUGUUGAUGUAUGUUUAUAACGCAAGGGGGAUAUAAUUGAAUGCAAAGAAAUGGAUAUGAAAAUGCUUACCCUUGUGAUUUUUGAUGAAAAGAAGUCACUACAAGAUCAGAAUGGUUUGAUUUUAAAGGAGUCUAAAUUUACACUAAUGUGUAUUUUCAUAUAUAUAUACAAAUCGUGUCUUGGAAGUAUUUGAUGUUUAUAUAUUUCACAUGGAAUAUUAUAAAUCAAGUUCUCUUCAGUGACGCACUUCUUAUAUGGUAGAAUCAGCGUAAUUCCAUUAUUUACCAUCUAGGAAAAAUUUAAAUUCAUUUUUAUUCUGAUUUUAUUUUUCGUGUUCAAGCUUACUACAUGUAUCUUCGCAUGAGAAUACAAUGGCUUUAUUAUAUUGCUCUAAAUAGUCCUUAUAUUCUGUGAAAUUGUAAAAGCAAUGGUAUCUGAAGAAAUCAGAGAACCCAAGUCACUAUUCACUUGCACUACUUUUGAUUUGGUGUUUUCUUUCCAGAAGAGAUCAUUAAGAUUGUUAAAAGUAACUAGUAUCAAAUUGGUAGUACAUGUAUUAACCUAUUGUAUGAUGUGAGUUAAGGUAUCUAAAUUGUUUCUUCACAUUAUUUUACCUACAUGUAGCUAUCAUAUUGAUAGUUAGGAGUAAAAUUAUGUUCUUUUACUGGAAAAAGAAUUUUUUGACAAAUUUUAAAUUUGUUGCAAUGAAUUGCCCAUUAUUACAUCACAAGUUAUGAACAAAAAAAAAACAUUACGGACUACAUAAGAUCGAUGUUGUAAGGCAUAGAAUAAAAUGUUGUGUAUUUUAUUUAAUAUUGUACAUACAUAUAUGAGUGGGAAUCGGGCAUAAUUUUGUUCAGCUUUGUUACUGCAUUUGUUUGCUGAUUUAUUUUGCAUCUCAUGUUUGAUAAUUCAAACAAUAUACAAGCUAGAUUAUGUCAAGAAAAAAAAAUGCUAUCAUUACCGUUGCAUGCUAAGAGCUCAUGUAAAUUGCAAAUUGAUUCGCUUAUACAUAUAUACAACAUAUGUGUUGAGAUAAGAAUCUUUUAUUGAUAUCUACCAAACAGAGUGAGAUAACCUGGGAUAUUGAUGUGAAACUAAAAACCAACAUUAUACAAAAUAUCUUGGAUCGUGGUUAUGGUUAUUAAAAUGGUGUAUGGUUUAAUGCUAAGAAUAGACAUUGAUAUGUUUGCUUGUACAGACUUAUUAUGGUGAUGGGCUGUUUGUACAACAGUGUGUAUGUAUAUGAUACAUGGUGUAUGUUACAAUAUUCAAAUUGAUAUUGGCACAGUUUGCGUUGCUGUAUAGUGGUGAAUGGUCACAUCGGAUUUGCAUAAGCCCCCAGCAAUUACAAAAUAGUAGCAAGAGAAUUUUACUUUAUUUGUUUCUGUUAUAUUUCGUAAGGCAUUGUGAAGUGCAGCAGCUUUUCCUCUCAAUAUUGUGUAUUGACUAGAACCCUUGGUUGCCAGUAUGUGACCUGUAGAUUAUAGAGAUUUUAAUGUAAAUGACCAAUAACAGAAUGUAUUAUCAAAUCUGCACUAAUAUUGCAAUGGGGUGGUAAGAUAAUUCCUUGGUAUCGAAAUAUUGAAAUAUCAAACAACUGAACAUUUUAAGGGUUUUGCCUUUAUACCAAUACAUCACCCUUGGCCCCUUCAUACUUACAACAGAUCCUCAAUGAGUAUCACCCGGUCAGGCAACUAUGUUCAAGUAACAGAAAGAUGUUAAUCCCUCUAAAUUUAAAUUCAAUUUCAUAUGAGCAAAGAGCAUUUCAAUAUCUAAUACCUCAGCUGUGGAAUAAGUCUCUGUUAAAGUGUUACCUUUCCCAAUGAUAAAAUCAAAUUUCCUAAUGAUGCAUUAUCGAUUUUCAAAUUGUUGAAAUUCAGUCUCAAAUAUGUAUAAUGAUGUUAUUAGGUUAUGUUUUAUGAUGUAUUUAGGUUCAAUAUGAUUGUUUUUCCUUUUCUAUCUCUAUCUCUCUCUUUCUCAUAUUACCUUGUAAAGCGCUAAGAGUCUAUAAUUUGCGCUAUAUAAAAUUUGAGUGUUUUUAUUAUCACCAUCAAGCAAAAUUAGAAAUAAGAAAUCACCCUUCCCUCCCUCAUUUUAAUCAUGUUUUUAAAAAUUAUUAUUUGGAAUAUUAAUUAUGACAGCUCAAAUCAUGUUUCUGAAUCACAUGUGAUUGCUCUGGUGUUUUAUUUUAGUCUUGCCAAGUACUAAGGGGAGGGACUAAUGUGUACUCCAUCAUUUAUGUUACACAUACAGAUUCGAUGAACCUGAGAUUUUGAAGGGAACAUGAAUUAAAUUGUUUAUAAGAACUAAUUCUGAAAUACUUUAUGCUGCUCUUAAAAUAUCUGAAAUAAUGAUUUCAAACUGGAAAUAUAAUUUAUGAUCCACUUUCAUAUUAACCAAUUAUCAGUGAAUUGUCAUUUUCAACUCUUCUUAAAGUCAGUAUAUUUUAAAUGUUUAUGAAAUGACAGGCAGAAAGAUGAUCUGUUGAUCUCUUUUUCUAUUUUUUUUUCAUUCCUUUUGCUCGAUCACCUUCAAUCUCAAACGCUUUGUUCAAAUAUAUUUUGCUCGUUUUAUUUCUAAAGCAGUUCAUUAAUGGUUUUAUCUAGAAUUAGAUUAAUAUCUGAUGGAGAAGGUUUGUAAUGAUUUGAUGUGAAUACUAUCCACAAAAUGUAUUAGUUGAUGUACAUGUAUUUUGCCAAAUAAACAAUGCUGCUCUGUUAUAACCUUGUUGUAGCUUGAAACAUAUAUCACAUAUUUUUAUUUACUAUGUAAUCUUUAUAAAAAAAUCAUAUGAACUUGAUUUUAUGUGAAAAAAAAUUGGCCAUGCUCAAUUUCUUAUGAUGGUGUAUAAGUGAGUUUUGCGAUAUAAUGCAUCUAGUUACAGGGUUGUUAUGUAAAAAUAUGCAUAAUAGAGAUCAACAGUAUCUUUGCCGCCUGUCUUAACACUCAUAAUAAAACAACUCCUUUCCAAAAAAAAAUAUUCUUUUUGGAAUGAUCCAGACUUUCUCAGGAUGACAUGGAUUAUUUACUGCAAUUUUGCAUUGCUUAAGAUUGUUUAUCAGUGAAAAUAUUUCGAUUAUUAAGUAAUCCUACCAUUUCCCACAAAAAAAUAUGGUUUACAGUUUGGGUUAUUUAGUAUUUCUUCGUAAAGCUUGUCACAUGAUGUAUGUACUAAGUUCACCAGGUAGUUACAUUGUUAAGAAUAUGGCCCUGUUCUUUUAUUGCAUGAAAUCAAUACUACAUCAUUUCAUGGACACUAAAUUGAUAUUCAACUAAAGACAUUAAUAGAUCUCAGCAUACCUACACAAAUUCUCUGGGGGAAGUUUCUUCAUCUUUUUGAUAUUCUUGCUUUCAGUGUUUGUCCAAUAUUUUUCCCUCCAUAAUUUUAUACCAAUAAACAUUUGAUUUGUAGUUUUCCUCUCAUUCAUGCAGUGUUUGGUCAUGUUAAACCUCAUGAAAAGAAUUACAAUUGGCACUUUCCAUGAAGUCGGGGCACAGAUUGUGUCAUUUCAGCAUAACUCAAUACUAAUUAUACUAUACAUUUAUUGUUUGGAGGCUUUGUAUUGGUAUUAAGACCAUAACAUUUUAAUGGAAAUUUGGGACCAUUUAGACUAAUUUUCCAUGAAGAUAUUAAGCAAAAUAGUGUACAAUGCUGUUUAGUGGACACGGUGUCUGUGUAGCAUCAGGAUGGUUACAUUUGGUCCUGAAAGUUAAAUUAUUUCAAUUAGACUGACUAAAACUUGAAACAAUACGUGCAUUUACCUGGUAAGUCAGUUACUAGUAGCUAAAUUACUGAGAUUUCCUAUUCAUAGUUUCAAAAGAAAAUUUUAGAAUUGUCACGGUGUCCUUGUUGCUUUGGGAAAUGUCACAUCUGGUGGACACCGAGAAGCAUAGUGACAAUUUUGAAAAUAGAACUACCGGUAUAUGCAAAGGAAAUCUGAGGUAUUUGGCUAUCUGACGUAACAAGUAAAUGUGCAUAUUGUAUCAAGUGUUGGUCAACCUAAUUACCAUAAUUUGACUUAUAGGACCAAAUGUAAAUAUCCCGAUUUACCACGAACACAGUGUGCCUGUAACAGCAUCAUUCUCUGUUUUGCCAAAUAACUUCGUGGAAAAUUAGUCUAAAUGGCCCCAAAUUUCCAGUAAAAUAUAUGCCUUUAAUACAAAUGUAAAGCCUUUAAACAAUAAAUAUAUAGCACGAUCAGUUUUGAGUUAAGCUUAAAUGAGCCAAUUCAUGCCCCAACUUCAUGGAAUAAUGAAAUUGCUGAAUUGAAUCUUUCUUAGGAAGGGGAUUUUCUUUUUUGAAGGAUAAAAUUAUGUAAAUGAUGUUACCUUAAAGAAAUCUCCUCUUGUUAUACAGUGAAUUAUUUACAUUAAUUAUUUACAUUAAUCUAUACUUUUUUUCCUAAAUGGGGUCUACAAUAGGAACUUCACAACCAAAAAUAUUCUUUUAUGCAAUUUUGUGAGCAACAAUUUGUUACUUAUUUGAACAUAUGGUACAUUUGUGGUACUUAAACUCCUAGCAAGUUCAAUCAUCUAUGUAUAUGUAGUAUGUUCCUAGUUAAAUUAAGGCAUUUGGUAUGUUUCUUGACAAUCAUGAUAAAAAAAGAGAUGAUUAAAUCAAAAUCAU